AUGGGACAAGGUCAAUCUUCCGCGCUUAGCCGUUUGGCUGCAGCUGGCCCUUGGACAGAGACGCGACCUCUCCCUGCACCAUUCUCGCAGAUCCCUCUUCAGCACAGUACUAAGAUUGUCAUGAAGAUCGUAACAACGCUUUCAACUGUCUCACUGGUCACUCUGCUGGCUGUGGCAUGCAUUCUUCGUUGGUUGGCUAGUCGGGGCGAGUUGCAGAUCGACUUCCGCGCUUUGCGUCGACCAGAGAGCGCUCAAUCACAGCUGUUAAUCUUGUUGGGCAGCCUGAUGCUAGCACAGCUUUUCUUGGCAUUGGGAAGCUUCUGCGCCGCAUUUCAUCUCAUCAAAGGGGCUAUGAUUGCUCCAUCGACCUUAUGCUGGGUUCAAGGUAUGCUCCAUGGCACUGGCGGGUUUUUGUCGCACUGUUCUAUUGCAGCUAUAGGAACGCAUUCGCUGUUAUCGGUCUAUCGACUGAAGCCCUUACAACUACCUGCUUUUGCAUCUCUUCUCACAAUUGUGUACGCCAUUCCCUUCUGCAUCGGUUCACUCUUCCCACUCGUAAUGGGAUCGGUUCACGAUGUGCCAUUCAUGGUCGCAAAUCACUACGCUUGUUACAUCAAUAUCUUAUACAUGAAGGAAUUCAUCUAUGUGAUUGUAGUUCCCUUUGGGCUACUGCUCUCAAUCGGUCUAAUCACAUUUCCAUUAGCCUCACUUCGGCUCAAACACCAAACAAGACGACUGUUGCAACGCAUUCGCAAAGCUCAAAGUCAGCAGGAGAUUGACAGGCAUGCAGAUUACGCAAGAACCUCAUCUCGGAUGUUGGUGUUUCCGCUUGUGGCCAUGCUUGCGACACUACCUUAUCUGGUCGUUGGGAUUGGCCUCAUUCUGCGCCCAAUGUUCUUUCAAGAGCACACCUGGCCAGAGAUCAUCACUGGGCAUGUGGUCUCCAUAUGGCCAGUUGUUGACGUUGUGCUUUUCGGUAUGCUCUACAUUAAAAGGCGCAGCCCGAUCAAUCCUAAGUCGCUUCGCAAAGAUCCAUCCUUUGGGGCAGCACAGGACGACUUGCAGCACCUCCACGGCAGUUGCAGCGGAAUUCGUAUGGGCACUCUGCGUCCAGUCGAUGUCGAGAUUUUUGCGGCUCCUGAUUCAGAGACGCGUUCACUGACAGCGGCAGCUGAUAGCGACUCGACAAAGUCUGCCGAGUUGGCACAUCUGCACUCCCUUGUCGGAAUCCAGGUCAGCCAGAAGACGGUCAGAACAGUCCACUCGACUUUCACGUUUUAG